GCGGUGAGGGUAAUUUUGGAAAAGAAAAAAGUGGAAGAAAGGGGAAGCUGGGAAGGUGUGUCGGGGAGUUUUGUAUGAUAUUAAAGAGAGGGAGAAACUUGGGGCUCAAGGAAAAGAGAGUUGGGUUUGGGAUUGGGUUUUCGGCGUGGAGAGACUGGACAGGGUCAGACUUGUCAAAACGACGCAGUAAAAUGGCAGGGUGUGAACUGGUGGGAAAUUCGGUGUUUUAUAGGACUGAGAGACGAAACUGCCCUUGUAAGUUGGGUAAAUUUUCCGGGGUGCCACUGUUCUAUCAUCUGCUGCAAGCACCAUUGACAAAUAGCUCGGCUUCGUUGUCCGUCGAAAGUCCUCCCGACGGGUAUAGGAAAAAUGUCGGAAUUUGUCUUCUCAAUCCUUCUAAAAAGAUAUUUACGGCGUCGAGGAUACAUAUCCCUAACACCUGGCAAAUGCCUCAGGGUGGUGCUAAUAAUGGCGAAGAUCUUAGAAAAGCAGCCAUGAGGGAACUGAGAGAAGAAACUGGUGUUACAUCCGCUGAAUUUGUUGCAGAGGCACCUUAUUGGCUGACUUAUGAUUUCCCAAUCAAAGUAAAAAGUAAGCUUAAUCGUAGAUGGGGUACAAAGUAUAGAGGUCAAGCACAGAAGUGGUUUCUUUUUAAGUUCACCGGAAAUGAAGAAGAGAUCAAUCUUUUGGGUGAUGGUUCCGAGAAGCCAGAGUUUAAAGAGUGGUCAUGGAGGUUACCAGAACAAGUUGUGGAGCUUGCUGUGGAUUUCAAGAAACCAGUGUAUGAACAAGUUCUGGAAGUAUUCAGCCCCUACUUAUUAUUGGAUACAGAUGAAGAGCAGUCAACAGUAAAAGAAGCUAAUGGGGGAGAAGUAGGUCAGUGAAGUAAAGGAGUUGACUUUUUUACAGGGUCAAGCAUCAUAAUUUUGCCAAUAAUGUCGGAAACUUUUGUGAUCAACCUGAUGCAAUUGAAUGAAAGUUUCUUAUAGAAAGAAACCAGAUUUUUUUGUUCACGGGGCAAUCGUUACUGUCUCUCUCUUUUUAGGUACCAUGUUUUUGACUGUGGAGGAUAUUCAAGAUUCAUGAUCAUUGUCUUGAAAUAGGAAUUGAGUUGGUAUCUUACCUUUU